AUGUGGGCAGUGUCCUACCUGCCCCCACCAACACCGCCAUGCCACCCUCUCGUACGCAACCUCAACAAACCACCUCUCAAUCUCAAGAGCCUCUCCGUCUCCGCCAAGUCUCAGCCACCAGGCCAAGACCUCGGAGGCUUAGGCCAUUCAAUUCUCACCAAACUCAAAUCCAACCACAAACCCACAACCCCAAUUCUCUCAAAGCAAAAGCAAAAGCAAAGGCAAAAUCAAGAGGGUAAGCAGAUGAUUAGUGGGUCUGAUGUGCUUUUCGCUCUCCAGAAAGCAGCUGAUAAGAAAAGCAGAGAGAUUGGUAAGAAGAAGAAGAAGGCAAAUGUGUCGUCGUCGUCAUCAUCAUCCUAUCUGGGAAGCCACGGGGAAGAGGAACGUGUGGAUGAGGAUGGGAAAGUGAGGCCCUUGUGUGUGAAAAGUGGGUGGGGUGAUAGGUUGGAUGAAUUGGAAAAGCGCUUUCAGGAGCUUUCUUCUGAGGUCGUUUGA